AUGCUCCCCAGCAGCGUCAUGUAUGCAGGACGCAAGAGGAGAAAACCGGUCCAGAGAGCGGUAAAACAGCCGUCCAAUGAAGGAGCAAAGUCCAAUCCGUCCAAGCGGCACCGGGAUCGCCUCAACGGGGAACUGGAGAGGUUGGCCAGCCUCCUGCCAUUUCCCGAAGAGGUCACGGCCAGCCUGGACAAACUUUCCAUCCUGCGACUGAGUGUCAGCUACCUGCGAGCCAAGAACUUCUUCUCUGUGGCCCUUACCCAGCGGGACAGCUUGAAGAAUGUUGAUGGAAAAACGUCAGGAGCUCUGGACGCCCAGAUACCUGAAGGGGAACUUUUGCUGCAGGCUCUCAAUGGAUUUGUCCUGGUCAUAACUGCCACUGGUACCAUCUUCUUCUCCUCUCACACAAUCCAGGACUACUUGGGUUUCCACCAGACUGACGUCAUGCACCAGAGUGUGUAUGAGCUUGUCCACACGGAAGACCAGCAGGAACUCAGGAGAAACUUACACUGGGCGUUGAAUCCACCUCCAGCUGCGCCGCCCGCCAUCAGCCAGGACUCGCCUCAAGAGAUUGAGCCAGACAGCAGCUCAUCCUUAGUCACCUACAACCCUGAGCAACUUCCUCCCGAAAACUCGUCAUUUCUGGAGAGGAGCUUUGUGUGCCGUUUCCGUUGCCUCCUGGAUAAUUCGUCUGGCUUCCUGGCUUUGAAUUUCCAGGGAAGGCUCAAAUUUCUACACGGACAAAACCAACGGCAAGAAAACGGAGGAAAGGCACCACCACAGCUUGCACUUUUUGCCAUUGCAACUCCUUUGCAACCCCCAUCCAUCCUGGAGAUCAGGACCAAGAACAUGAUCUUCAGAACAAAGCACAAGCUCGACUUUACACCAUUGGCUUGUGAUGCAAAGGGUAAGAUAGUCCUGGGGUACACAGAGGCUGAACUGAGGGUACGAGGAUCUGGUUAUCAGUUUAUCCAUGCAGCAGAUAUGUUGUACUGUGCAGAGAACCAUGUCAGAAUGAUGAAGACUGGUGAGAGUGGACUGACGGUAUUCAGGCUGCUCACCAAGGAGAACCGUUGGAAAUGGGUGCAGGCCAACGCUCGUCUGGUUUACAAAAACGGCAAACCCGAUUACAUCAUCGCCACCCAGAGGCCCCUAUUGGAUGAAGAGGGAGGAGAACACUUGCGAAAACGCUCCAUGCAUUUACCCUUUACAUAUGCUACAGGUGAGGCCUUGCUUUACCAGUCUAACCAUCCCAUUGCUGGCUUCAGAGAUGGCGUUUCUGAGAAGAACGGUAGUAAGUCAAAGAAAAGCCGGACUGACAGGUUGUUAAGAGAUGGUCUGGAUCCAGGCUCACUUCUUGGAGCCCUCAUGAGCCAGGAUGAAUCGGUGUAUGUUUGCCAGCCUGCUCUGGAACCCAAAAUCUCCUUUCACAGCAGCUUCUUUGGAGACCAAAUGGACUUCCCUGACUCAAAGUCCAGUUUGCAGAGAGGCUGGGACACACCAAGCAAUGGAGAUGUGGAUCAAAGUAUCACAGAGCCAGGCACCAGCUUUGACCCAUUGCUUGCUACUCUGGAUUCCCUUUCACUGGAAGGCCAAGGAGUUGUCGAUUCAGAGGACGGUGGCUGUUCAAAUGGGGAGUUGUUCGGAGCUCUAGAGGGCUUGGGGCUGAGUGCUGAGGAUCUGGAGCUUCUACUGUUGGAUGAGCGGAUGAUUCGAGUUGAGAUUGACCCAGAGCGUGUGCCCACCUUGGAUGACUUACUAACGAAUGAUGAAAUUCUUUCAUACAUCUAUGACUCAAUCGAAGGAAAGACUGAUACCGCAGAUCAGGGAGGACAGAUGCCACCAUCUAAUCCCUCAGUCAGUGCAACUGUGUCUGUAUCUGAAAGCACGCUCACCUCUGACGCAAAUGUAAAAAUGCAGUUUCCUCACCAUAAGCCUCCCGUGGCUGGAAAGGCUCCCAUCGUUCAGUUGUCCCAGCAAAUGCAAAAGCACCUCAGCAUGUGCUCGGACAAAGCGACGCACAACUGGAGCAACCAGAGUGACCGUUUGGCCAAUACGAUAGCCAACGGAGAACUGAUGGGCAAUGUUCAAACUGACCCCAAUGGACAAUGGUCAGCCCAAAACAUUCUCAUGACUGCAGGGAUACAACUGCAGCACAUGAACUCACAACAGACUGUUUUCAAUGGCAAGACGUCAGAACUAAAUGGAGAGCUCCAACAGCAUCAAAGCUACCUGCAGCAGCCCUUGAUGCGGAACCAACUCUCACAGCAGUGCCAUACCAAACAGAAGGAAGCCAACUUAAAUGGACUGAGUGGCAUUUCCAACACAGAUCAGUCAGCAGUAAAAUCACAGUGGCAGGACUUUGGUUUCGGAGAUAGUCUGGGUCCGUGCCUCAAUAACAGCCAAAAAACUCUUCCGGACACAUCAAUAAAUUGCUGCAUGAAUUACAGCAUCCCCGAUAUUGACAAUUCGGAUUACUCCGUUAAUGGCAGUGGUUUGUUUGGUAGCAGUGCGCUCCAAAAUAGGGCCGAGUCCACAGCUACAUCUUUCCAGGGGAUUACCCAAAACAGGCAGACGGAGCAGAUCUCAGUUCCUUUAGCUCAGGUCAUCUCCAGCCUGUCCCAGUGUCCGCCUCCGAAUGCCUCGCUGGAGCAAAUCCUGGCAGUCAGCAAACCUUGUCGGCAGUUGGACCAUUACAGCAUUGUGGCCUCAGACAUAGCUCAUGAUCCCAAUCAGGGAAAGAUGGAGAAUGGUCGCAUCCUGACUACAGCAUACGCAGCAAGGCCCAAUGGGAAUGGUGCAACGCCCCCUGCUGUCCAGAUACCUUGCACGGAGACUCUGCCUAGUCUCUCCGACCCACCAGCCACCGGUUUCUACCUCUGA